UGAAGAAAUCUAAAGUGUGGAAAGCAGAUAUGGAAUUGAAAGUUCGUACGUACAAAAGAAACCCCAGCAAAGCGUAUUUAAUUCCAGAAAAAAGUCCAGCUGUAUCUCAACCUAGCUGUAGUAAGGACGUAUUGGCUCCGAUACCGGCAAAACGCCUUAAAUUGGAAAGUCAUUUAGGUUUGACGUAUGUUGAAAGUGAUCCCGAUGAUCCCGAAGUGCCUGAAUCUAACUCCGGAAAACACGAAGUUCCAAGUCCUUCAAAGAUCACAGCGCUUACCGCAAGUCCAGAGAAACCACAAACUAGUCCGUCCCAAUGCCCUUUAAGAUCAAAAAUGAUAGAUCGAUUAAAGGAUCAGAUAAACAAUAUUUUGAAGGAUCUAAAAUCCCCUGUACGUAUUAACAACCAAACCAAACAAAACAAUCAGAGUAGUUCAAAUAACAUAGCUACCGUUGCCGAAGAUCGGGAAGAUUUAAGCUGUAAAAAAGGUUUAGAUGCUAUAAAAGAAGUAAACACUGGAAACGAUAUAAAUUCGACACAGCAACCGAUCAAAGUCAGUGAGGAAACGAUUAGUGGCAGCAGUCAGGGUAAUUUAAAUAAAGCAGGUAACGUUAUCGAAGAUCAGGGAAAUAAGAGCCAGAAAAGUGAUUUAGACGAGUUAAAACUCGAUAUUAGAUUAGUUGAAGGAGUUAAAACUGGAAAAUGUUUUAAUCCAGCACAGCAACAGAUGAAACUACUAAAAGAAAUGUCGAGCGCUAGCGGCCAGAGUAAUAUAAAUAAAGCAGGUAACGUUACUGAGUCUGAGGGUAAUAAGUGCAAUAAAGAAGUCGUUAUUGAAAUAAGAAAGCCGAAACGUUCCUAUACGCGAAGACAGCAACAAAAUUCCUAUAAGAAACCGAUGAAUAUAAGUAGCGAAAAUAAUUCAGAUGGAGUAGAAAACUUUCUGCUAGUAGUUUCUGAAAAGAAACCAGAAACCACUGUCUGUAAAACAGGAUCGGCGAUAGGUAAGAAACGCACACGAAGAACAAGCAGUCGCAGUAAACAAGACUUAGAUAUCAACGAUGGAAGUAUCAAGGUCGAUCGUGUGAGACCCCCUCGACGUUCCUAUUCGCAACAGAAACGCAAAAAGCCCGGAGUAGAUGAUCUGGAAGAAAAUGUUUCAUAUAAAAAAGAACCAAUUGUAGGGAAGAAACAGACACGAAGAACAAAGGGGAAUAUUAAAAAAGACUUAGACUUUGUUUGUAAUGAAAAUGGUUCAAUUGAACGUGAGCGACCUAGAACACGUGCCUAUUUGUCACAGCAACACAAACUGGAACAGGAACAAAUUAAUAUGUGUAACAAGAACAACACAGAUGUAAUAGAAAAUAUCUCUGAGAGAACUAAACAAGAGAGAGUCGCCGAAAUGAAUCCAGAACAAUCUAGUGAUACAGUUUUGUGUGAAAAACAACCAGCCGGUGAACUGAAAAAUGUUCCUGAGAAUCCAAAUGUAAGGAUCACCGAAGAGCAUCCAGAACAAUCUAGUGAUAUAGUUUUAUGUGAAAAAGAACCAGCUGGUGAAAUUGAGCAUGUUUCUGAGAAUCAAGCCGAAGGACAUGUGGAAUAUCAAAACGAAAAGAUCACCGAACAUCACCCAGAACAUUCUAGUGAUAUAGUUUUGUGUGAAAAAGAACGAGCAGGUGAAUUAGAAAAAGUUCCCGAGCAUCAAAUGGAAGAAGAUGUCGAAUAUCAAAAUGUAAGGAAUACCGAAACGCAUCCAGAACCAUCUAGUGAUGUAGUUUUGUGUGAAAAAGAACCAGCUGGUGAAAUUGAGCAUGUUCCUGAGAGUCAAGCCGAAGGACAUGUUGAAUAUCAAAACGAAAGGAUCACCGAAGAUCACCCAGAACAAUCUAGCGAUACUGUUUUAUGUAAACAAGAACGAGCAGGUGAAUUAGAAAAAGUUCCCGAGCAUCAAAUGGAAGAAGAUGUCGAAUAUCAAAAUGUAAGGAAUACCGAAACGCAUCCUGAACCAUCUAGUGAUAUAGUUUUGGGUGGAAAAGCGAUAAAUACUAAAACUGUCACAAGAGCAAAUGAAUGUGUUAAACAAGACUUAGAUGACAUAGACGCUAUAAAUGCUAUUUUGGAAGUUGAACGCGACAAUAUUGAUGAAUUUGACAUACUCUGA